GUGCGCGCUGGACCGGCUCGUCCUGUUCCGUCCCAAUCAUUGUAAACAGGCGGAGGCUGGGUGGGGUGGGAAUGGGGCGCCCGAGGCCGGCCUGGGGCGCAGCGCAGGAGGCGGCUCCGGUGGCUGCGGCUGCAGAGUGAGCGCGAGGAGGCGGAGGCUGCGGCGGGGCGUGCGGUCGCGCGGCGGCAGGCACAGGUGUAAUGGAUAGGUAACAGAGAAGACCUCGUCCCUUCCUAGUCAGGGCAGCAGCAUGACUGAGUGCUUCCUGCCCCCCACAAGCAGCCCCAGUGAACACCGCAGGGUGGAGCAUGGCAGCGGGCUUACCCGGACCCCCAGCUCUGAAGAGAUCAGCCCUACUAAGUUUCCUGGAUUGUACCGCACUGGCGAGCCUUCACCUCCCCAUGACAUCCUCCAUGAGCCUCCUGAUAUAGUGUCUGAUGAUGAGAAAGAUCAUGGGAAGAAAAAAGGGAAAUUUAAGAAAAAGGAAAAGAGGACUGAAGGCUAUGCAGCCUUUCAGGAAGAUAGCUCUGGAGAUGAGCUCACUUUGUACCCCUCACCUCUGGAGACACGGGGAGAACCCCCGACCCCUGGCAUGCAUGCUGGCCGCCGCGUGCCUCCCUUCCACAAGCCCACGCCGCUGCAGAGGCAGCCUGUGUUUGCAAAACCCAGCGGACUGGGUGGGGUCUGCGGUCUGAGCAGCCCCUGGCUCCGUGGGAACUGCAUACAAGUCCACUGGUCUGGCUUGGCCCCGGGCAUUGCCAUUGACAGACAUUUGCAUUUCACACGGUAA